AUGUGGUAUGACGUCCUUGUCACAUACGACGACGUGUUGCACAAUACUGCUGGUGGUGGUCAAAUACGCAUUUAUGGCAUCAAUCCCAGAUCUCUAGCAAGCCUACCCGGUCGUGCCGCGACUACACGGCCGCGCUCACAGUCCAACACUUCCGCCUCCUACCUGGCGGCAGACCGCAAACGCUCGACCGAAGGCCCGCCUCCAAGGCCUUGCCCCCCAGGCCAUGUUUACUCUCUGGGCUCCACGCUCACUGCCGCUCUGAACUUUGUCAUCGAGCCAGAGCUGGAGGCGGAGCUGGGGGAAGAGAUUCAGAGGCUGCUGGAGCAGAUGCAGCAGGAGAAGCCGGAGGACAGGCCUCUCCUGCAGGACAUCCUCUGUCUGGCUGAAGCAAGGCUGCCUCAUACCUCCUCUGCAGCUGUGUGCCGGAAACUGUCUUCUGUUGGCCGACGCGUGCUCUCCAUAGAAUCAGUGUCAACCUUUCAAGACGGACAGGAAGGCUCCUGGGAGGCGAGGUGGCAGCAUCCAAAACCCAGAGGUCUGCUUAAGAGACUGAGCUCUGACGAUCACACCAAAGACCAGUGUGUCGAGAGUUCUGUUAAAGCUAACGGUCUGUCCAGGCAGCAGGUGUGCCGGGACUGGGACUCCUCUCUGUGGGCGGAGGACAUGGAAGGUGAUGGAGACUGCACCACCUUGGCAGCUGAGUUGGACUGCAGGCCCCAGAACAGCUCCCCGGUGCGGAGGAGGGUCCAUCAGAGGCUGAACAGGGGGAGGGGGGCUCUGAACCGCUCCUGCUCGGUCCCAGACUCCAACAACCCCCCCUGUCUCUCCCCUCCAACUCACGGAGAUAUCAGCGUACCCGUAUCCGACCUCACAGAGAUCGGAACGGAUGAACACUCGAGCUGCGAGUCCAUGUGGAGCAACAGAGUGCCGAGACUGGACCGGGGCAGGUCCUUUGAGUCGUACCCCCGCAGCUACACCGAGGAUCAUAGGGAGGAGUCCAGAGGGAACGAGGACGCUGCAGAGACAUUCUGCAGCGGGGAAACCAAGGUCCAGGGGGGCAGUGAUUGUGAUUCUAAGGACUGCACCCAGGAUUCAGCGUCUUCCGGUACUUCCUGUCAGGAGCUGGACAUGGAGCAGGACUCUUCUGAGGACCAGAGCUCGUUCAACCACACCCUCUACAUUCCCAACAACUACAUGACCAAAAGCAUGCUGUGCCUAAAUGAAGAGUCCCAGGAUGAGUGGAUCUCUCUGAGGGAGCUUCUGACUCGGUGUGGACGGCGGCUGACCGUUAACGAGCUCUGGGCUCUGGGUUUCUCCUGCCUCUCCUCUCUGCAGACCUACAUCGAUUUUCCAGCCUAUCUAUGCCUGGACACGAUGCACGUGGGCUGUGAGGGAGAAGUACUUUUCUUGAAACCUAAAAACAUAGGAUCCAGAGACGAGUUCUAUCUUGCUCCCGAGUAUCAAGAACAUGGGAUUGUGACCGAGAAGGUUUGUGUGUAUGGGGUUGCUGCUAUUCUUUGGGCUGCAGCCAAGUUCAGUUUAUCACCUCAUCAAAAGCUGGCGAUGCCUCGCAAACUGAAGAGACUGCUGCUGGAGAUGGCAAAGAGGACGCCCAUUGAGAGACCUUCCAUUGCCAUGGCUAAAAGGAGCUGUCGUGACUACUUAUCCUAUCAAGGGAUAAAUGCUGAGACUGUAUGGAACAACCUCAUCCGCAGAGUUCCCCCGACAGCCUCAAAAUCCAUUGCUGCAGAGGAUUUGAGUUUAUCUGAAACUCAACAAAGCUCACUUGAAGAGUCUUCACAAAGCAGCGGAUUUGUUCCCAUGGCCACUGAGAGCCGUCUGGCUCCUGUGCCUGGCCCUGUACCCCACAGCUAUCCAGUGGACAAGGAACUCCAACUCCCAGAAGCCUUCACUUCCCCUGCCACACACUUCAGCCCCAUCAUCCUGACCGAUGAAGGGUUUUCAGAGGCGGAGAGACAACACCUUGGGGCUUCCAUUGAAGGGUUUGCGGAUGCGUUCACAACCAGCAGUGAGGAAACAGGCCCUGAUUUGACUUCACAGUUCCCAACUUGUAUACAGACUGAACUAAAUCUACAUACGCAGGAGUCACCUGUUUAUCAAGCCAGUGUAACUUCCAGCCAAGACAUGCUGGUCAACUCUUCUUCUACUCUCCCUGAUAUUUCCUGUCUUGAAGUCUCUCUUCCCCCGCAGCUAUCCGAUCACCUCAGUGGUUGUGGUGUUUUCAACAACUAUCUCUUCUGUCAGGAUCCCAUAACAGGACAUCUUUCCUUAGUACCUGUGCAGGUUAGGGCUCCAGAGUCUCUCCUCGGGUUGGAUAUAAACCUCUCCAUGGUUCCACAGCCUUUACAGGGACUAAUCACACUUCCUAAAGGCAAAGAUUGCCAAUUUAUGAACUGUGUUAAUAUGGCUUUGAGGCCUGGACCCCUGGAUUAUGGCCCACCGUCAUCCUAUUUCAAUGGAAGCUCCAUUAUUUCUGACAGCCCACUGGAGCACAGUAUUCUUAGAGCUUACAAUGGACAAACAAAUCCAGAAAGUGAGAAGCAGUCUCCUUUAAACUCUUCCCCCCUUAAAGUCCACCCUGCCCUACAGGAGGUGAUUGACUUCCUCAAGGGAGAGUUUUCAAUUGAUGGGGAUUUGGACAAUGGACAAGAAGAGGACGUCACUAUGGGGGAGUAUAUCUUCUCGUUGAAGGACCUCCAGUACCAGAUGUUUGCCGGUGUUGUGAAGGAGAGGUUCAAGGAUCUGUACUGGGAAGAAGACUUGCUGGGUGUACUGCACUGCCUGGUGAACUACAGCCCUUCCACACUAAAUCAUACGCAGCGCGCCAAUACACCCCCCUUCUCGAACGACUCCCUCGUUCAACACUCCGCCUCCCCGAAGAGUCUAUCGCUGCUACUCCUCGACCUACGACUACCGUUAUCAAUGUGCUGCAAGAUAACCACUACCGACUGCGGCUCAUCCUCCCUGCCUCUGGUACAGUGCUCCGCGUCCGCCAUGCUGCUGCCCCCAACUCUCCGGCGUCGCUUCCGUCUCAGCCCUCUGGCGCGGACAUGA